UUUAAAACAAUGUGUUUAGCUCUUGAAUCCCAGCUGGAAGACCUCAGAGAACUACAAAAUAAACAAGAACAGAAGAAAGUAAACACAAAGUAUGGUAUCUAUGUUCUGGAGCAGCACAUUACAUCUGAGUUUAUCAAACUGUACCAGUUCCUCCAUGAAGAGGAAGAACAAUUGAUGAAGCAGCUCAGAGAUGAGGAAAUGGUGAUCCUUCAGAAGGUGGAGCACGUGAUGGAAAAAAUACAGGAGAAAGCAGACAUCAUCAAGACAAUGAUAGCCGAUAUUCAUUUGUGGCUACAGCAACAAAAGUUGGACACUGUCACACUGCUUAAGGAUGCAAGAAACCUCAUUACACAGAGCUGUGAAGAGAUGUUAGAGGAUGCUGAUAGUAACCAGGAACUGGGGAUGUUCCGGGGCCCCUUGUUGUACACUGUUUGGAAGAAAAUGAAUUCCAUCAUCUUCCCAGUCCCAUCUCCUCUAUUACUGGACCCUGAAACUGCAAAUAGUCAUCUUGUUCUGUCUGAUGAUCUGAGAAGCGUGACUUACAGACCCACAUCUCAGCAGUAUUACGAUAAUCCCAAGAGGUUCACUGGUCAGUUUGCUGUCCUUGGAUUUGAUGGAGUCAUGGCUGGAAGACAUUAUUGGGAAGUAAUUGUGGAGAACAAGAAUGAAUGGAACAUAGGUGUCAUCAAAGAAUCUGUAAAAAGGAAUAGUAACACAGAGAAGAAACCAGAAAAAGGCUUCUGGAGUUUAUACCUCAUGGAGUAUGACAUAUUAAAGGCAAUGACUUCAACCCCUCAGGUUCUUAAUCUGACAAGAAAACCUCAGAAAGUUGGGGUGUAUCUGGAUUAUGAGGGAGGACAGGUGUCUUUUUAUGAUGCAACUAACAUGUCACAUCUGUACACGUUCACUGAUAUCUUUACCGAAACAUUGUAUUUGUACCUGAACCCCUGUGAUAAUGAAUUUGAGCCUAAUUUAGCACCACUGGAAUUAUUUCAUUUAAAGCUGUAGUAAUAGCAAAAGAUACUAUUAUGGUAAUUUAUAUUAGAUACAUGAACUGGAGUGUUUUUUCUUUACUUCACCAUAAAUCCCUCAUGAAUGGAGAGCAUCCUUUGAGACAGACCAAUGUGAUUGAGCAGCAUACCUCUCAGCUGUUUAGAUUUUAACAAAAAUGUCUUGAUUUUUGCCUCAGC